CAUAUGAGUAGCAAAUAUUUCCCGUCUUGUAUUGCCCUAUCAUUCUUGAUGUCACCCAACGCAACUCUAGCUGCUACAAUGCGGGCAGUAGCCUGGUUCGGACAACCGUACAAUGUGUCCGUUAUUGACAUGCCUGUUCCCAGCAUCGUGAAUUACACGGAUGCAAUCGUUCGGAUCACUACUUCAGCCAUCUGUGGCUCCGAUCUCCAUUUUUACCACGGCUACAUGGGAUCUCCCAAUGUCCCAUGGGGUCUCGGUCAUGAGGCAGUUGGCUACAUCUCGGAAGUUGGUAGCGCCGUCUCCUCCCUCCAAGUUGGUGACUAUGUGAUUAUCCCGGACAACGCCCACAGUGGCCAUUAUGGACAGCAACACCCGAUCUCUUUUGGUACCGGCCUACCUGACUAUGGGGGUCUGCAAGCCGAAUAUGCCCGCGUUCCCUUCGCUGAUGAGAGCCUCAUCCCGAUUCCUUUCAACAACCAGACCGGCAAUGUCACCAAAGAACUGGACUACUUGAUGAUUGCGGAUAUUUUUACUACUGGCUGGCAGGCGUUGACGUACAGUGGCUUCCAACCGGGCGACACUGUCGCGGUUUUUGGGGCCGGACCGAUGGGCCUUCUAGCAGCGUAUUCGGCCCUGCUUCGUGGUGCAUCGCGCGUGUAUUCGGUGGAUCAAGUGCCUGACCGUCUAGCGCUGGCGGCCUCUAUUGGGGCAGUACCUAUCCAAUUCAAUGUCUCCGACCCCGUCGAACAGAUCCUGGCUCAAGAACCGAAUGGUGUUACAAGAUCCUUAGACUGCGUGGGGUUUGAAUCGGUCAAUGCCGCCGGUCAGCGCGAUGAUGGGCUGGUGCCGCGCAACCUCAUCGCCGUUACCGCGAACCAAGGAGGUAUCGCUAUCGCGGGCGUUUAUACCGGAGGACAGAACAGCACGCGAGGAGCCCCUCGCGCCUCCAGCAUACCUGCGGAGGUCCCUCUUUCAGUCUCCUCUCUCUGGGAAAAGGCGUUGACGAUGGGUAGCGGAAUUGUCUUGCCGCUGGAACACGCGCAAGCGCUUGUUGAUCUUGUUGCCUCUGAACGAGCUACGCCGAGUUUCGUGGUCAGCUCGAUCAUUGACAUCGAGCAGGUACCUGAGUACUACCGGCGCUUCAGUGACCACAGGGAGCACAAAGUCGUGAUUCGCUUUGCCUGAGUUUCAGCUCUUCUCACAUCCUAAACUGGCCUAGAUAGACCUAUCUAUCGCGCGCUUUCUAGCUACGUUCUGCAUGACUGGUCAGAAGCCGGCCUAGGCUCUAGCGAAUUAAGUGGGUAGUGAUUGACUACUCUACAAAGAGUCUUAAUUAUACUUCAUGCGCCCAAAACGCAGGACAAAUAGAGUAUUAGAAGAAGGGGUGGAAAGCAGCCACUUUUUUCACUAUACAAUCAAACACAUGUAUUGCGCAUAGUAUCAGACUGCAUGCCAUGAAAAAUGAUAAUCUAUAAUCGCAUGAAAUGUCUUGGUUCCUCCUUUUUUUUUUUUUUUUUUUUUUUUUUUU